ACCGAAUCAAUGGAAAAUUCAAGCUCGAAAAUGUAAUUAUUUUGAUCGCUGCAUGGGAAAAUAAAUAAAACUGUUAUUGUGAAAUGGUUUAUAAAAAUGUAAUCGUGGAUUUAAUGUGUUAAACGCAGUCGUAACUAAACGUGUGUUAGUGGUGGUUUUAUCUUAAUUAAUAGUUGUGUUUGUGGUUAUUACAGAAUUAGUGAUGUAAUACAUAUGUAAUUAGCUGUUUCCUAAUUAAUUAUAUUUAGUGACAAAACACUUUUUUCCAGAUUUCCCUACAUAAGUAUGUGCUUUGCUCAAAAUGCUCAACAAUCAAAGACCAUUUAAAUCAAGAUUCUUUUCGUUUUUAAUUACGUUUUUUUUAUUUGUACUAUUUUUCCUUUUAUUAAACGCAAUACAAACUGUUAAAGUUACCAAAGUAAAUAACAUAAUAGUUGAAAAUGUUAAUUCAAGACUUCCAGGAGAAUACUUAAAAGAAAUCAUGCCAACGUCAUCUGAAGACGGCUAUUGCAAACUAAACUUCAGACUACCAGCUCAACUUUUUUAUUCCAAAGAUGCCAUAUCGGGUAGUCCAGAGUUCGAAGAAAACAGCCCUUACCACACCCUUCACGACGUUAUCGAGGGGCGAAUUGAUCAGGAUCAGCCUGAAGUUACUUAUGCCACGCAUUUGACUAAGGAAUUCGUUUUGUACAUCUCGGAAGUGGUGAGAUACUGGGAAGGACCUGUUAGUAUAGCGGCUUACGUAGCAGACGCCGAAGACGUCAAACUAAUUCUAGAACACAUGCUACAUUUCUGCUAUUGCAUUCCUGAAAUGUCCAGAGUUUCUUUACAUUUGGUUUUCAAAAAAGAUUUCCAGCUCAAUUUUACGUCAACUAGAACGAUAGCUCCGGCUAAUUGUGAUAUCCUGAAUUUAGAACAACUAAAUUCCGGACCAGAUAGUGAUAUUAGUUAUUUUGCCGAGGAGAAAUCUCCAUCAAACAAUAAUUGGUAUCCAAUAAACGUGUGCAGGAACGUGGCAAGGCAAGCCUCCUAUACAGAAUACGUGCUUGUUUGUGAUAUAGAGCUAAUGCCAAGUGAAAAUUUGGCCAGCAGAUUUCUGGAAAUGACCGACACUUUUAGUUGUCUGGAAUCGUCCUGCGAAAAACGCGUAUUUGUAGUGCCAGUUUUCGAAGUCGAAAGUACCGAAAAUAUUCCCCGAACUAAAGCUCAACUUUUGGAUUUGAUUGUUUCCAAAAAAGCAGUGUAUUUUCAUCAGUUUACUUGUACGCAUUGUCAAAAGUUUCCAGGCCUGGAACAAUGGAAGACUACUGAUCCUGGAGAUGCUAUUACUGUGAGAGAUGUUUACUCAAUACAUUUUAUAUUUAAUCAAAACAAAAUUAGCCUCUUUUAGAAACAAGAAGAGAAAUUCCUUAUGAACGUUGGGAACCAAUAUUUAUUGGUACCAAAAACGAGCCCUUGUACAAUGAACAACUUUCUUGGGAAGGAUUUCAAGAUAAAAUGUUGCAGAUGCUCGAAAUGUGCUUGGCGGGAUACAAAAUGGUUAUUCUAGAUGGUGCCUUCCUGGUCCAUUGGCCCGGAAUCAAAAAAUCUAGACGCUUGAAGGAUGAAUCAUGGCGUAAACCUUACGUUAGAAAAAAUCAAAGAUUUUACAAUAAGUUGCUGAAAGGUAUUAUUUCGAAAUACCCGAGGAAUUUGUAUUGCAAAAGAGUGGAUUAGACUUGGUAUUUUUAGAGGGAUUAAAAUUGUUAUUUGGGAAGUUGUUGUCAUUAUCAGUAUUGAAAAAAAUAAAGUUCCUUGUUUAUAAGUGUC